AUGGGAUUUUUGCUUAGUAUAAUCACUGACGUAAAUAACGACAAAAACCUUGAGAAAUACAAUAAUAAUAUAGACACAAUGUUAGAAAAAAUUAAACAAGCUCAAUAUAAUAGACAGCAUUUUGAUAGUAGUAUUGCCGCGGUCAGUCGGGGGAUUAGGGAAUGGGUCAGGGGGGUGGAGGAGAGGAAUGAAAGUAUAACAACGCUUUUAAAAAUACUAUUACAAAGGAUCAAUGGUCAUUUAGCAGCAAAUAUGGAGUUUAAGCCUAUCACAGAUCAGUUACGAAAUUGGGAGGCUUUUGCAGGUGACUACCUUGCAAUGGCUGUAGAUUCAGAGUUAGCCUUAAACGACAUUGAUGGUGAUCUAAAAACUAAAUUGUUACCUAAAGUUGAGUUAAUAAAACAGGUGGUUGAGAGCUUCGAUGCAACGAUAAAUGAUGAGAUUGUUAAAACAUCUGCCAAGAAUCUCAACAGCAGUUUUUCUAAGCAGCGCACUGAAGUCAAUGAACACAUCGCGGAAAAAUUUGGUGACGUACAACGAAUCUUGAAUGAGAAAAUUAUGGCAAUUGGAAGCAGUGUUGAAAGUCUAACGCAAGAGAAACGACGCAAAAUUGAGAAUAUUAAACACGCCAUACGUGACGCAUUUGACACGUGUGAUGAACUCCUACUAGAUUACAAUACAAAAUAUAAGAGUCAAAUCCAAAACGAAUUCACGGCGUUGCACGAAGCCAUGAAGGAUAUCAAUCCUGAUGAUGAAGACGCUACGCUUAAAGGAAAAUGCACGCUCAGACUGCACGUUGAGAAGCUGCAGGCGCAGUCCUAUACCAUGGAUAAAUUAUUAAAAAGUAAAUUGCAAGAUAUGAAAACGAAGAUUGAUGUGGCGGUUGAUGAUGCUUUGGAGAAUCGUCAACAUGGACUUGACGCAUUAGAUGGAUACCUCAAAACAGAUUUAGAAAACAUACGAAACGAUAUGCAAAGACAAAUAUAUGCGUACAUUGACAAACAGGUUGGUGCCAUUUUGCAAGCAGCAAAGUUGUCAUAUACUGUGUAUGGUAAAAACAUUGCUGACACUGGUCUUUUACGUAAUCUGGCCGAUGAUAGUAAGUUGAGAGACCUGUUUAAUUCCAUGUCAGGUUCUACAGCUGGGAACAUUAUAAAGGCUUUGCAGGCAAUUUACGACGAACUGAGACUGGGCGGUAUUUUACCUGUUCCAAAUAUACAAGAUUUAGAUUUCAUCAAGUACCUCAAGUCUGAUGUUGCUAAUGAGCUUAAGAAAGUUAUCAAAGAUGCUAGCGAAGGUUAUAAGUUCAGUGAGAUCUUCAUGCACAAAUAUUAUAUUCAGACGAUGAAAGAAGAACGUCGCGAGGGUGAGCUUAGAGGAAUGAUUACGGGUAUUAAAGAGCAGUUUGAAGACGAAUUUAAAAGUGAUGGUACAAUUAAAUCGGAGAACGUAAAUGGUUAUGAGCAAGCUAAACAGGGGUACAAUACUGCCAUUUACGAUGUUCUUAGAAGCAUCAGCAAUCUGGAAACACUACCCGCCGCUGUGGAAGCGGCGGAGAAGGAGGCAGGGAAACUUAUGAAUCUCUUGGAGAAUGAGAUUCGAGCUGUGCAACAAGCUAUUAAUAAAAUUGGUGAGAAUGUAAGAGAUGCAGACACGGGUUUAGAUGCUGCCCUACUGAACGUCAUGUCGUCCUUACGUGACGUAGAAAGCAAUGCAAAUUUAGCCAUCUCAGCACUCCGGGUCAACAUACAAAAACGAGCAAAAGAAGCAUUCGAUGAAUUGCAAGACGGCGUGCAGACCCUUUUCGCAAAUCAAAAGAAAGCAGAAUUGAAAGCCUUACGAGAGACUGUUGCGACCCAAAUUCCAAUCAUUCAAAAAAUUAUCGAUGACGACGCCAACGCGGGCCUCAAAGGCCUGAUGAAGAAAUUGGAUAAACGUUUCCAGGCGUCUACCUUCAAAGGCCUAACCCAUCUGACACUGAAAUCACUUGCAAACAGAUUCAAUGAAUUUUUUAGAGAUUACUUUAAUGAUGUGAAAAAUCAACCCGACCUCUCCGACCACUCCUCCCUUCUCACCCCCCUCGCCGACGCCCUCUCCGCCCUCCUGUCCACAAUGAACACCCAACGCCACUUCCACGCCGACGUCUCCUCUCGCCUCGCCGACCUCCAAACACAACUUGACACCCUCACCGCUACCCAAUUCGCCGAGGCCUCCCCGCUGCUCAACGUCGUCAAGGCCGGCGUCCGGGCGUUCCACGGGGAGCUCGCGAAGCAGUACGUCAGCAGGUACUCGGGUAAUUGGUUCACUGAUAAGGUGGUGAAACCAAAAACGUCAUCUGAAGCGAAAACAGUUAAAACCAUGCCAAAUCCUGCUGACAACACCGAAAUAACCGAGUACGGGAGGAAGUGCGCGAAGGUGUUCCUGACGGCACUCAGCAUUACUCACAACGCUUUGAAAGCUUUGAAGAAAUAUGGCAGCGUUAGAUGGAGAUCUCAACAGGUAAAUGACACAACCGAAUUUGGGAAAUUCUUCAUCAACCAUGGAUACCAUGUCGCUACAGGUGACAAACAACAAUGGGAGCUUCAGGAUAAGGUAACGAAGACAGGUUUCCAUAUCUACAAACUAGUGGUAAAGGACGACGAUGAACACGUAUACACGAAACAUGAUCAUGAUCAAGAUAAUGGCCCCCUGAAGCGGCUUCACGGCUGUCUCCAAACAUAUUACAGAGUCGGCCACGUAACUAGUGCAUCCGCCAAGAAGCGUCCAUCUAAUAUAUUCGAGAUACUGUGCUGGAUAUCUGGUCUGCCUUCAAAU